AUGCGUCAUAGAUUAGUGAUCAGCCUCGGCAACCCUAACUGCAUCUUGGCUGCUAUAAAACCAGAUACUCGCGCCGGAACUGGUGCCGCACUGGCCCGGAAAUUCGCCAAACAGUACCCCGUCGCACUACUGGCAAGGUCCACGGAUUUCGCUCGCGAGCUGGCCUCCGAGAUCGAGGCAGACGGGGGUACCGCUGCCAGCUACCAGGUUGAUAUCUCGGAUGAGGCCAGCGUGGAGCUCGCCUUUAAUGGUAUAAAAGAACGGUUCGGAACAAAAUGCGCAGCCGCCAUUUUCAACGCCAGCAGUCGACCAUUUCCCAAGCCGUUCUUGUGGCAGUCUGACGAUGACCUAAGCAAUGCUCUUGAUAUUUCUGUAACCGGGGCAUAUCUCUUCGCCCAGGCCGCACUACCCCUUCUUCUAUCCGCUAGAAGCGGCGGUACAGAUCCAGAUAUGAUUCCCACAAUAAUAUUCACCGGGGCCACAGGCUCCGUGAAAGCAAACGCCUGGAUGCAGCCAUUCGCCAUCUCCAAGCACGCACUCAGAGCACUGACACAAACUCUCGCCCGCGAGUUCGAGCCGCAGGGGGUGCAUGUUUCGCAUGUGAUAAUCGACGGCGUCAUUCGUAUGCCUUUGACGUGGUGGCUGAAGCCGUUUUCAUCUUGGGACGCUAAGCUGGACCCUGCUGCUAUUGCGGAUAGUUACUGGUAUCUUCAUACGCAACCUUUGGCUCAUAUGACACCCGAACUUACUAUUCGGCCGUAUUGUGAGACUUGGUAG